AUGUCAAGCUUUCUUGCCGGUUUCCGUCAACAAAUCCCAAGAAUUAUUGGUGAACUAUGUGCAGAAGUUGAGAUUGCUCCGAGCCAGCUAACACUUCCAUCAUGGGGUCUUAUGAACGCGAUUCAAGUCCUCUCUGACCUCUCUGGUAUCUUUGUUACUGGCCUCAUGGUGGCAGGGGCGUUUAGGGUUGAAGAAACAGCCUUCAAUUCAAGGCGAUUCGAACUCCUUCCCCGGAGCGGUGCUAGAUCUCCGGUGCUUAUCCCUGAUUGGUUGAAUCCAUCUGAAGAAGGCGGACACUAUAUCUAUGUACUUCAUCGUGGUCCUCUUGCUAUUUCUCGCUCAUGGUCUCCUCCGGGCUAUCCAGGAUAUCUUGAGAAAUUAUGGAACCGCCUUCACAAUGCAGAAGGUGGUGCUCAUCUCAUGGGUCUCCAUCGGAGAAUUCAGACAUUGGAGGAGGAAAACCAAUCUCUGGCUAAUCAAGUUAAACGUUUGAAGGAGCGUAUUGAGAUGGUGAAGAUAGAGCGGGACGAGGCAUUAUCCACAGUGCAUGCUAUGGGAAACGCUAUCGGAUGUCUUGGGAAGGGCGAGUUCCACAUCGGUGGUAGUUCUCUCCAGUCUAAGCGUGGCCGGUCUCGCUCCCAGUCUUCCAGCUCUCCUCCAAAGAAGCGCUGA